UGUGUUGCGUGCGACAAUGCAUCUAAUAACAACAAAAUGAUUGACAAGCUCGCCAUGGAGCUUCUGAACUAUGGUGGGCGUGCAGGUCACACUCAAUGCUUCCUCCAUACUGUGAAUCUUGUUGCAAAUUCGAUCCUCUGCAAAUUCGAUGUGAAAAAGGGUGAUGGCGAUGAGGGAGACAGCUGGGAUGACCAAGAA